CCAAGCUUCACUCGUGCGCUCCUCUGUCCAGGGAUCCUCAGCCAGCAGCAGCCUGUCGAACGUGUGGUCUCCUGUUGCCCGCUGCUGCCGACCACUGCUCCAGGUCCUUCAAGCUUCCUCGGCUAGCAAGCGGCCCAAGCUGCUCAGCAGCAUCUUCGUGACACAGCGGUUGCCCCAUUGCAUCAUCACCACGGCCCUUGACAGCAAUAUUGAGCGUCAAGAGUCAACCCGGCCCCAUCCAGCCAAACCACCGGCCAGUACAGGCCACAAUCUCCUAGGCGAGCGGACUCCGAUUGAAUCCGUUUCCCCUUCUUUCAUCACACCUCGUUGCCCACCCGGCGGACACUCAGUCCGUCCGUCUGCCACGGCCAUCCCGAACAGAGCGUGCGGAUCCCGGCACGGCCGCCCACCACCUCGGCACCGCAAUCAUGCCUUCAAUCACGGGCUUCCUGCGCGAGUACUUUGAUACGAAGAAACCGAAACCCCCGCCCUUGACUACUACUGCUGCUGCCGGCUUGUUGGCCCUCUACACCGUAUUCUACGUGGCACCAUUCUACCUCUCCAGCAGGACCAGGCCGUCACGAACGCUCUCGCGCGAUGCUCCCUCGGUGAUCAAGGCCCGUAUAACCUCCGUAACCUUGACCUGCAUUUUCUGCAGCAUUUCGACCUUCUUCAUCCUCACGUCACCGCACGGCAAUGGGCAAGUCGUCAGUACCAAGGAGGCCUUGCACUCGAUGGGCUGGUGGCCCGUAGGACUCGCUGAGGCGGCCAGGUGCCUGCUUCUGACGGCGAUCCUGUUCGCGGGCCCUCUCUACGAGUCGCUUAUUGUCCAGAGCGGCUGGCGGGACUGGAUUGCAUUGCGCCCAGUUCAUGAGCUCUUUCAGGAGUGGACGACGUGGAGAAACAUUGUUGCUGGCCCGCUCACAGAAGAAGUGCUUUUCCGCUCGGCCGCUGUACCCUUGAUGCUCCUUGCCCAGACCCCCGUUAAAACAACAAUUUUUCUAUCCCCCAUCAUCUUUGGCCUCGCGCACUUCCACCACUUCUACGAAUUCCGCGUAUCCAAUCCGGGCGCCUCCGUAGCACAGGGCCUGAUCCGCUCGUGCAUCCAGCUUACCUACACCACGGCAUUCGGCGCAUAUGCGACGUUUCUGCUUCUCCGCACGGGCUCCCUGCUCGCCAUCUUUGUGGUGCAUGCAUUUUGCAACUGCAUGGGCUUCCCGCGAUUCUGGGGCCGCUUGGACAGCGGGGACGUUGGCGAUGAGGACUCAGGCGGCAAGCCACUGCCUCCCCCGAAGAAGCUGCACGCCAUGUGGUCGGUGGUGUACUACGUCCUGCUCAUACUCGGCGCCGUGGGGUUUUGGAAGUAUCUGGGCCUGCUGACCAAAAGUGCGGGCGAGCUUGUUCCCAUCGAUGUCUGAGGGCGGACCACUCCGUGUUGAUGAAGUGACACUGGCAGGCCUGGCUGUGCAGAGCUUGGCCAAGGGGCAAGAGGACGGGGCAGGGAAGAGAGGCGGUGCCCGAGUUAAUUCUGAUGGGCCUUUGGGGCUCGGUAAGGCCGGACUAGGCUGGGGAUAAGAAGGGCGGAGGGGUUGGUAUUCAUGGUUGGCAUUGCCAGCGACAUCUACCCUUGCAGCGAGACACGACACGCAAUUCUCUGCGACCUCGUCUGCCCGCAUUGACUAUCCGCUUUUCAACGCACAUGACAAAGCAAACUUCAAAGUAAGCUACUUAAAUAUCCAUGCCUCUGUGUCUAUCAUGUCCAUGUUGCACGUUCUUCCGGUUGCGAGAUUGUGAGUUAUGAGCAAGGGCGCAUUGGUUUGAUUAGUAGUACAAGGAGCUCGCAAAAGUCUCUCUCUCUCUCUCUCUCUAUAUAUAUAUAUAUAUAUAAACUGUAUUCGUACA